AAAAUUGCACCUUCUAUUUUGACAUGUGAUUUUUCUAUUUUCUAUGAGGAAUGUGACAAAUUAUUGAAAAUGGGUGUUGAUUGGUUACAUUUAGAUGUAAUGGAUGGACACUUUGUUCCUAAUCUAACUUUUGGACCACCUAUUAUUAAAUGUUUAACAAAUAGAUUGUAAAAUCGGACAUUCAUUGAUUUACAUUGUAUGAUAUAAGAACCUAGAAAAUGGAUUAAAGAUCUUUCAAAUGCAGGUGGUCAUUAAAUGACUGUUCAUUAUGAAUCAGAUAUUGGUAAUAUUGAAGAAUUAUCAUAAAUGAUUAAGAAUGCAGGUAUGAGACCAGCAUUAGCAUUGAAACCUAAAACAUUAAUUGAUCAUACAUUAAUAGAAAUAUUUGAUAAAUAAUUAUUUGAUAUGAUCUUAAUUAUGACAGUAGGUAUAAAAUAACCUAAUCAAAAGAACCUGGAUUUGGUGGAUAAAAAUUCAUGGCUGAUAUGUUACCAAAAGUAACUUAACUUAGAUAAAGAUAUCCUAAAAUUGAUAUCUAAGUUGAUGGUGGUGUGAAUUGUGAUAAUGUUAUUAGUUGUUAUGAGGCAGGUGCUAAUGUAAUUGUAUCUGGUAGUGGAAGUAAAUAUAAUAUAAUAUAUAUUAAAAUAGUUGUUAAUGCAAAAGAUCCAUAACAAUCUAUUAAUUAUAUGAAAGAAUGUGGAUGUUAACAUUUUAAAUGUUGA